AUAUAAAGUCAUGAUGCAUAAACAACUUCUGUUAUUCGUAUUAUUAAUAUCAUUUGUGCAAGCAGAUCUUUUGAUCGAUCUUCCGGAUGGCACAAUUCGCGGAUACGAAACCACAACCGAAAACUACACCUACUAUGCUUAUCGCGGUAUUCCGUUUGCAAUUUCUCCUUUAGGAAAUUUGAGGUUUGAGGCUCCAGUGCCAAGGGGGCCAUGGGACGGAAUUCUAGAUGCUACUGAAGUGAAAGAUUGUUGCAUAUCGACGAGUUUUUCUCUAAGUGGACCGGCACAAAGUGAGGAUUGCCUUUAUAUUAAUGUCUACACGUCUCCGAGAAAUAUUACAAAGAAACUACCAGUAAUGUUCUGGAUAUAUGGGGGCGGAUUUACAAUCACUGAUAUCUUCUCGGGGGAUCCUCAUCCUCUCGUAACCGAAGACGAUAUUGUAGUUACAUUCAAUUACCGUCUAGGUCUGUACGGUUUCUUAAGUACCAAUGACAUUGUAAUUUUGGGUAACGCUGGACUCAAGGACCAACUAUUGGCGAUGAAGUGAACGCAGAAAAACAUUGAAUAUUUUGGUGACGAUCCAGAAAAUGUGACAAUAUUUGGUGUGAGUACAGGUGGCAUGUCCGGCAGGAUUAUAUAGGGCAGUGAUUUGCCAGAGCGGUUGUUCUUUGACGAGUUCGGCACUAAGGUCUCAAUCAGAUCCGAAGCAAGUUGCCUACGACAUCGCCAGAUCUAUAAAUUCAUCUAUUUCCCAAAACAGCGAGGAAAUCAGAAAUUUCCUGCAGAGUCAACCAGCUGAUGUUAGUUGACUAAUGCCUUCAGCGCAAGCUCCCAAGCGGGACCGGUAAUAGAAGUUGAAGACGACGAUGCAUAUAUAACGGAUCUUUAGUUCGGAUUGAUCGAAUCGGGAAACUUUAGCCUUUAAUGAUGGGAACAACUUCCCAUAUUCCUUACCUGGAUAUAGAUACGACUCUUGAGAUCAAGCACGGUAAAAAGUCAAAUGAAAUGGCAAUGUGGAACGAAGUUUA